AUGAAAUGUACACUUAGAUUCACUAAUGAUGCAUCACUGUCACUGGUUAUUUCCUUGAAGAUUAUUUCACUGAAAAGUAAUUUUCAGCAACAGGUGGUGUGUUCUGACUGUCUCCAGGAGUGUAGAAAGCCUCCUACUAACCCGUCCCUCAGGACCAGUUGCCAAAACUGGGCCAUCCCAGGCUUCAGAUGGGUGACAAACAGAGAGCGUCUGCAGGGUGGACCUCAAGUGUUUCCGGUCAGCAGCAUUGUGUGUGCUCGCUGCUCCAGCAUAGAGAAGAUCACAGAGAAAAGUGAACAUCCUAAGGAGGAUGGUGCAGGCCAGCUGUCACAUAUUGAUGCCUCACCACUUCGAUUUCGCCAUCAGAGAGGUGAAGCCAAAGAAGGCAGGAAUUUUCUGCAUCACAGAGGUCUUAAUGCAGGGCCUGGUCUCCAUGGAGACAUAAAGACCCCAUGCAUCACAGGGCAUCUGAAGUCUUCAGUGGUGACAGAGAAGACCCUUCCUCAGGAACCAUUCGUCUCCAAAGUGCCAUUAAGAUUACAGAUCAAAGUGUCUAGCCAGAAAGGUAGUUUGGGAAUCAGCAUUGCUGGUGGAAAAGGCUCUCUGCCUUACAAAGACCACGAUGAGGGAAUAUUUAUUUCCCGAGUAGCUUCAGGUGGGCCAUCAGAAAAGGCCGGAAUCCAUGUGGGAGACAGAUUGCUGGAGGUGAACGGGCUUGACAUGCAGGGGGCGACCCACCAAGAGGCUGUAGGCGCCCUCAGGAAUGCUGGGAGCUGCAUCAAGAUGAAAGUACUCAGAGAGAGGGUGUUACCCCGAGAGGUGCGGGACCUGGAUGUACCUCAAGAUCCUCAGGACGUGACAGGAAGACAGCUGAGCAGCCAGGACCGAGCGGGUCUCAGGGGCAAACAGCCCACGAUGGAGAGCGCAGAGCACAGUGUGUCCAAGAAGACUGAGCCGGUCGUCUGCAAUGGCAACGGCAUUUCUGAUUUGGGGAGUGACCUGAACAGGACCGUGUCUGAACCGGGGGUGUUAACAAAAAAGGAUUCACUUCAAGUGGGGCAACAUUCAGUGACAAUCCCUCGGAUCAUCCUCACACAUCCCUCUACCUCAGAUGAAGAUGUGGAGCUCUUGACGCAGAGCUCCAGCAGAGAUCAAACUGACAGUCCUGACAAGCAUGUGCGCUCUGACUGCUUUGACAGUGCUUUCUACCCACUCUGACCACAGCUUGGAGCUACGUGAAUGAAGGACUCACACUGCUACUAUCCAGCUCAUUGUUUUCUGAGGCAUUUUCAGUGAUGUUACUGUGGAGGAUUAUUCUAAAUCAAAUUGUUGGAAUGUGUUUUUUUACUGUCACUGCAAAGCUUUUUGCCUGUCAGAUCGAAUUGCUGCUAAUAGAAUGGAAUUAUUAUUAUUAUUAAAGCCAUUUGCAAGGAGGGAGAACAUAAAGACAAGUUCUUCUUAUUAGAGACCGUAAAGCACACUAACGUCCAAAUGAAACACACGCCAUAAAAUCAAAUACAAUGAAUUAAACAAUGACUGAUGCUGGCUAUCUCUGCUUCACAAUGCUGUGUGUAAGUUAUGCAGGUGUUGGCACAUAGUGUUUCCACCCAUGACAGCGUGAAGCCCUUAAACUUUUUAUAGUACUCAGAUAAAAUGCCACAUGGCUGAACAGAGAUCACAGCAGGAAGUCUGCAACCUGCAGCCUCCUGAGACAAACUGAUCUCUGCUUCACAUCUUCGAACGCCUCAGCGGUACGAGCUAAAUGCCAUCGUGUGAGAUUAUGCUCUGAAAAGAUAGACACCGGCCAUCACAUAGGAGAAAUUUAUAACCGUGCUUCCAAAGCUUAGAAUGUGCAAACUGUAGAUGUACACCUGCCUUGUAUUAUGUGGCGGCUUUUAUAUUCAGUUAAUUGUUCAGUGUUCACUUUCUGAAUAAAGUGCAAAUAUAUUGUUCCAAGAGGCUUCUCUUUUCUUCGAGAUAGAUCCAUAUUGAUGUUUAUACUACGUGCAGAAGAUAAACACCUGCAGCUGACUGCAAGUGAGCAAAAAUACAUCUUGGAAAAGCUUUAUUUAGAUAUUUUGAGGUUGUGAUAGGUGAUGGUAUUGUACUGGAUUGCACAAUGUUCCACAAGUGUAGGUGCUGUUAUAUCCUCCCUCUGUGUUUACUCUUGUCCACAUAAAAAGUGAUAUGGCAGCUUGUGCUAUAUGUGACAACUACCGGGUGAUAAUCCUCUGGGGACACAACUUGUUGGAAAGCACAUCCUGUGCAAAAUUCAAUUCGGAGUCAAUUACUGGCAGGCUUACACUGUGAGAGUUUGUCUGUCUCAAGAGGCAGCCAUGUAAGACAGUGGGAGACCCUGAGGAGAAUGAACACAGAUUUCAAUGACUCUGUAAUAAAACUGGGGCUCUGAGAACAUUGGUUUUACAACCGGCCUGCAUUUUCUGAUAUGUGCUGAUAUUCAGCAAAUAAUAUGCAUGUAUUUAAAGUAUCUGUAAAACUUCAGUUUAUUGAGAAUGUAGGCCACUAAUUCAAUUUAUUGAUUGAAAAUGAUUUUACAGUGGUGCCAAAUCAAGUGUAGUGAUUUGUAAUCUUCAAAUAAUGUAUCAAAGUAAAGUCUUGAGAAAUUGAUUGAUUAAUCCUUUGCACCCUGAGCAGGUUCAUGGUGUUUUUUGUGCUCUUGUCACAUUUUUACCCACCAUGGAAUCAUUUUCCCUCCAAUAUAAAGUCCUUUGCCUCUGUAUAAACAACACAACAAUGGCUAGAAGUAGAAACAACCAAAAAUGUCUUGCCAUGUGCAGUAUGAUACAGUUAUGAUGCUACAAAUCAGAAAAAAGACACAAAAAUAAUGUCAACAAUUGAAAAAGACUUGGAAUCAAUAUGGCAGACAUUUUCACAAGUGCCCCCUAGUGUAAACAAUACUAAAUAAGUACAAUAAUAAUAAAAAUUGCUAUAGAUGAUCAACCAUUUACAUUUUUACAACCUUUUUAAGCUGCUCACUUUGUUCUGCACAUUAACUCUAGUAACAUUUUUCUCCAUGCUCAGUGUAUCUCCUAACAACUUGCUGGAAACGUAUUCUUCUGUAUACUGCUUUUGAGCAAGGCUGCUUAUAUUUUAUUGAUUCAGUAUGUUUUAAUUUGCACUCAGUCUCUUUCGUUGUCCCUUCUUUGCUCUGUGUCAACACAACUUGCAGUUCAGUCAAAUAGUCCUUGAAUUUUUGCCGUCUAAGUUGUGCUGAGGGGCACAGAUUUUAUUUCUAUUUUUUAAACAGGGUGUGAUUCAAGAGGUUAUUUUGACAAUUUUAAAACAAGACAAAAAAGACUGACUUUGAUCAAAUGUCAUAAUUUUAAGCUUAGAUGUAUUUAUUCUUCCUAAUGAUGGUGAACAUCAAACAUGACACAUUCAAGGACCAUCGGAAAGGUCAAGAUAAAACAAUUCUUCCUGUUUUUACUAAUUCUGCCUUAUUACAUUGGCAGUUUUUAGGGUUCAGAGGGUUAAUACAACAAUUUGUACCUCAGAAAGUGAAUGUUAAAACAAAUACAUAAACUGAAAACUUGCAUGUUAGUUCAUUUUUCCAAAUCACUGAUGGACCAUCAGUUGAAUCUUGGGUUGUAACUGAUUGACUUUUCUGUAUUUUUGACAUUUUAUUUCCAAAUGCUGCCCCUGUAUUGAAAAAUUGUCAAAUAUAUUUUCCUAAUUUG